CGCGCAUCUUUUUAUUUUCCUAUUCAAUUAUGAAUUUCUGUUUGGUUACCGAGAAAACUGAAUCUACUGCCACGCGAUGCUCCCCAGAGUUCCGUUCCUCUCCAUCUUUCUCUUCGUCGUCGUCCUUGUGGUCUCUCUGUCUCUCCCUUGCAGGUCUGAUGGGUUUGCAGAGAAGGAAAAAACAUUAGCAAUAAUAAAGCCAGAUGGGUUGUAUGAUAACUGCACUGAUAAAAUAAAGAAUGCUAUCUUUGAUUCGGGUUUUACAAUCGUCAAGGAAAUGCUCAUUCAACUUGAUGAGGAGGCUGCAAUGAGCUUCUAUGCCGAACAUUCUUCGAGGAGCUUCUUUUCUAGCCUAGUCAAGUACAUGACAAGUACUUUUAUCAGUGGACCAGUAUUGAUUAUGAUUUUGGAGAAGGAAAACGCUGUUGCGGAUUGGCGUGCUUUAAUUGGCCCAACUGAUGCGAGUAAAGCAAAGAUUACUCAUCCUAACAGCAUCAGAGCCAUGUGUGGGCUGGAUAUACAAAAGAAUUGUGUUCAUGGGUCAGAUUCUCCUCAAUCGGCUCAACGAGAGAUCUCAUUUUUCUUUAAAGAAAAGUCUUCAGGCAGCGCAGUUACAGAACAUGACGAAUUGUAGCUGGUGAAAACUCGCAGACCUACAAGUCUUCGAGAAGCCUUUUUACACUCAAUUGUCCCACACCAUGUCUAGAAGGGCAAGGACAACUUUUGUACCAAUCCCUUAUGACAGUUAGGCAAUUGCUAUCUUGUAAAAAUCUCCUUAUUCUUAACUCUCACGUGUUGUCAAUCCCGCUCUUUUCUCAUUUUCUUCUUUGUUUUUGCUUUUGGAUAUCCCAAAAAGACUCAUAUGUGAUCUUAUCUAUUAGAUAUAGUAAAGUAUCACAGGCUGGAAAUCACACAGUACAUCAGGUGGUAAUUUGUAUCCAAUGGGUACAUAUGUAUAAAAGGGGAAUGUCUUCUU